AUGGUAACGAGGUCAGUGAGAAAGGAUGGUCUAUUCGUCGUGGGUCGUUGGCAUGGUGCCAAAUGGGACCUAAAGCCGUCGCUGUCGGAUGAUGGAGAGCAUAUGUUGAAGCACACAAGGGCUAGGCCAAGCGCACUCAGCGGCGUCCACCACGCCAGCCCAGCUUCAUUUAUUAGGCGUCGUCCCUGGACGGACGAGGACGACGGGUGA